AGCCGGCUGCGGAGGAAGAGGACAAGAGAGGGUCGCACCCUCCGCCCUAGCGCACGUCCCGCCGCCCUCCGGGGAGGCUCGGGCGCCGGCCCCUUCCUCCCCGAGGACGUGUGCCGAGCCGAGGCGCCUGCCCUGAGGGAGGAAAAUGCUCGGGCUCCAUGGCUGCCAGUGAUGGAGCGGUCCCUGGGCUCCCGCUGCCACCGCCGCCGCCGCCGCGCCCCGGCCGUGCUCCGCGAGGACCCGGCGUCUCUGCGCGCCCGCCCGCGCCUCGUUGCUGGGCUCACCGUACCGGGCGCCCCGCCGCCGCCCCGCUCGCAGCCGCGUCGCCCCGGCCUCAGCCGCGGCCAGCGUUUCUUCACCGAGCAGCCGCCGCGAGCCCAGGGGCUCGCUCUCGAAGGCAGGAGCGACCGGCGCCUUCGGCUGAGGAGGAGAAGGAGGAAUCGCGCCAGGCGGAGCGUCAGGUCCCGUUUUCCUCUCCGGCGUUUCGAAUACAAAGAUUACGGUGCAGAAGGAAAUUGCAUUCGCCUCCUCGGCCCCCCCCCAGUACCCAACACAAUGCACCAGCCGCCUGAGUCCACCGCCGCGGCCGCCGCCGCUGCAGACAUUAGCGCUAGGAAGAUGGCGCACCCGGCAGUGUUCCCUCGAAGGGGCAGCGGUAGUGGCAGCGCCUCUGCUCUCAAUGCAGCAGGUACCGGUGUCGGUAGUAGUGCCACAUCUUCCGAGGAUUUUCCACCUCAGUCGCUGCUUCAGCCGCCGCCCCCUGCAGCAUCUUCUACGUCGGGACCACAGCCUCCGCCUCCACAAAGCCUGAACCUCCUUUCGCAGGCUCAGCUGCAGGCACAGCCUCUUGCGCCAGGCGGAACUCAAAUGAAAAAGAAAAGUGGCUUCCAGAUAACUAGCGUUACUCCUGCUCAGAUCUCCGCUAGUAUCAGCUCUAACAACAGUAUAGCAGAGGACACUGAGAGCUAUGAUGAUCUGGAUGAAUCUCACACAGAAGAUCUCUCUUCUUCAGAGAUCCUUGAUGUGUCACUUUCCAGGGCUACUGACUUAGGGGAGCCCGAACGCAGCUCCUCAGAAGAGACCCUAAAUAACUUCCAGGAAGCCGAGACACCUGGGGCAGUCUCUCCCAACCAGCCCCACCUUCCUCAGCCUCAUUUGCCUCACCUUCCACAACAGAAUGUUGUGAUCAAUGGGAAUGCUCAUCCACACCACCUCCAUCACCACCAUCACAUUCAUCAUGGGCACCACCUCCAACAUGGGCACCACCAUCCAUCUCAUGUUGCUGUGGCCAGUGCAUCCAUUCCUGGUGGGCCACCCUCAAGCCCAGUAUCUAGAAAACUCUCUACAACUGGAAGCUCUGACAGUAUCACACCAGUUGCACCUACUUCUGCUGUAUCAUCCAGUGGUUCACCUGCAUCUGUAAUGACUAAUAUGCGUGCUCCAAGUACUACAGGUGGAAUAGGUAUAAGUUCUGUUACUGGCACUAGUACAGUAAAUAAUGUUAAUAUUACUGCUGUGGGUAGUUUGACUCCUAAUGUGACAAGCAGCAUGCUUGGUAAUGCUAAUAUAAGUACAAGCAGUAUUCCUAGUGCUGCUAGUGUGAGUGUUGGGCCUGGAGUUACCAGUGGUGUUAAUGUGAAUAUCUUGAGUGGCAUGGGCAAUGGUACUAUUUCUUCCUCCGCUGCUGUUAGCAGUGUCCCUAAUGUAGCUGCAGGGAUGACUGGGGGAUCGGUUUCAAGUCAGCAGCAACAACCAACAGUUAACACUUCGAGGUUCAGAGUCGUGAAGUUAGAUUCUAGUUCUGAGCCCUUUAAAAAAGGUAGAUGGACUUGCACUGAGUUCUAUGAAAAAGAAAAUGCUGUACCUGCUACAGAAGGUGUGCUGAUAAAUAAAGUGGUGGAGACUGUAAAGCAAAAUCCGAUAGAAGUGACUUCUGAAAGGGAGAGCACUAGUGGGAGUUCAGUGAGCAGUAGUGUCAGCACACUGAGUCACUAUACAGAGAGUGUAGGAAGUGGAGAGAUGGGAGCUCCUACUGUGGUGGUGCAGCAGCAGCAACAACAGCAACAACCAGCUCUCCAAGGUGUGACCCUCCAACAGAUGGAUUUUGGUAGCACUGGUCCACAGAGUAUUCCAGCAGUUAGUAUACCACAGAGUAUUUCUCAGUCACAGAUCUCACAAGUACAGUUGCAGUCUCAAGAACUGAGCUAUCAGCAAAAGCAAAGUCUUCAGCCAGUACCUCUGCAAGCCACUAUGAGUGCUGCAACUGGUAUCCAGCCAUCGCCUGUAAAUGUGGUUGGUGUAACUUCAGCUUUAGGUCAGCAGCCUUCCAUUUCCAGUUUGGCUCAACCCCAGCUACCAUAUUCUCAGGCGGCUCCUCCAGUGCAAACUCCCCUUCCAGGGGCACCACCAACCCAACAGUUACAGUAUGGACAACAGCAACCAAUGGUUUCUACACAGAUGGCCCCAGGCCUUGUCAAAUCAGUGACUCAAAAUCCUGCUUCAGAGUAUGUACAACAGCAGCCAAUUCUUCAAACAGCAAUGUCGUCUGGACAGCCCAGUUCUGCAGGAGUGGGAGCAGGAACAACAGUGAUUCCUGUGGCUCAGCCACAGGGUAUCCAGCUGCCAGUGCAGCCCACAGCAGUCCCAGCACAACCUGCAGGGGCAUCUGUCCAGCCUGUUGGCCAGGCUCAGGCAGCAGUGUCUGCUGUACCUACUGGCAGUCAGAUUGCAAAUGUUGGUCAGCAAGCAAACAUACCUACUGCAGUGCAGCAGCCCUCUACCCAGGUUCCACCUUCAGUUAUUCAGCAAGGUGCUCCUCCAUCUUCGCAAGUGGUUCCACCUGCUCAAACUGGGAUUAUUCAUCAGGGAGUUCAAACUAGCGCUGCAAGCCUUCCUCAACAAUUGGUUAUUGCAUCCCAAAGUACCUUGUUAACUGUGCCUCCCCAGCCACAAGGAGUAGAACCAGUAGCUCAAGGAGUUGUUUCACAGCAGUUGCCUGCAGUUAGUCCUUUGCCCUCUGCUAGCAGUAUUUCUGUUACAAGUCAGGUUAGUUCAACUGGUCCUUCUGGAAUGCCUUCUGCCCCAGCAAACUUGGUUCCACCACAAAAUAUAGCACAAACCCCUGCUACCCAAAAUGGUAAUUUGGUUCAAAGUGUUAGUCAGUCUCCCUUGAUAGCAACUAAUAUAAAUUUGCCUUUGGCACAACAGAUACCACUUUCUACCCAGUUUUCUGCACAAUCAUUAGCUCAGGCAAUUGGAAGCCAAAUUGAAGAUGCCAGGCGCCCAGCGGAGCCCUCCUUAGUUGGCUUACCUCAGACUAUCAGUGGUGACAGUGGGGGAAUGUCAGCAGUUUCAGAUGGGAGUAGCAGCAGCCUAGCAGCCUCUGCUUCUCUUUUCCCGUUGAAGGUGCUACCGCUGACGACACCCCUGGUGGAUGGCGAGGAUGAGAGCUCUCUAUUUCAGUGCUUCUCUCCUACCAGAGGUGCAAGGAGUGAUCCUAGAACCACAGAUACAGCCAAGACCACGGAGAGCUUUUGACGUCAGGGGUCCACUUUCUCCACUGAACCCUUGGAGACAGAAUAUCCAGCUUCUGGAGAGAGUGGGAAAGGAUAAUAAACAAGUGGGUGCUUUCCAUUAUUUACUUGGGUUAAUUUAUAGAUUGGAGUGUCCUUCCAUUGCCCAUUUAAUUCUAUGGUAAACUCCUUGGGUUCAUUUAAGAACCAGGUGGGACUGCAAUCUGUUUGUUUUUCUAAGAAUGCUAACUAGUACUCAUUCAAAAAUGAGACCUAAAAUUUAAUUUUCUCUCCAGAUAAUUAAAGCAGUGGAUGAUUUGGGGCACAUGAUUUGACGAAUGCCUGUGUAGUCCACAGGGAUUUUAAAAAGGGAAUAUCUACCCGUUUUGGCCUUUAUGGUAUUAGUGGACUUCUAAGUGCUCUUUAUAUUCCAGUAAUAUAAAAGGUUCUGUAUUUCAUCUUUGGGCAAACUGGACAUUUGAAGUCUAAUUUAUACAGUCAGAUGUCCAGGUGUUAUCCUACCCUGUUAGUGAGAACCUUUUGGUCUUCUUCCUACCUCAAAUGUUAGGACUUCAUAUUAGAUCUUUUAAAAGAUGCAAUGAUAGUACUAUUAUGGUUUUACUGUCAAUUCUAGGCUUCAUUCUUUAAUAAAAGAUAAGUAUGAAUGAAUGUAAGUUUCAGGAUACAAUAUCCCUGAAAGCUAUGUUUAAUAUACUCAAAAGUCAUUUUCUAGUCCCUAGGAAUAAAUAUUUGUGGUAAAAGAACCCUUUCCUAGAUUUCACCCAUGGCAUUAAGAUGGUUUUCUCUUAGUUUCUUUGAUGCCAAGGGUAGGAUUUGAUUCCAGGAAGUUCUUAUCACCUACAAUGGGUAGAAUGUGAACUUGUUACCUUUUGGCAAGUUUUCAUUUUUCCUUGGUGGAUUCCUUCUGUGACUCCAGGUAUCUUGAUAAUGGGAGACUGGUUUAUUUGUUCUCUAAUUGCCCAGAUUUCUUUCAACUGGUAAAACAUCAUACUUCUUCAGCAAAAGGAAUUCUUCUAGCAGAGCCUUCAUGGAUGAUAUCUGUCACACAUGCCAGCACCUGCAGUUUGGAAGGCAGUGGUGAAUGGAUCCAUGCAAUAUGUCUAGAAGACACAAGGAUGAGCCAGCCACCUGAUCUUGUCAUUUAUAAACUUUUAAGAAUUACUCUGGUUUACUUUUGGUCUGAAAAUGGAAAGGCUCAAAUAAUGAAAUAAUCUUUUCAGAUUGGAAUUUUACAUGGCCAUGAAAAUAUUUAUUUCUAUUCAGAAGACUGAAAUAGAGGAAGCUUGAGAGACUCCUUUCUUUUAAAAGCAGCUCUCUGUAUCUGUUUCAUUUAAAAGAUUUGUGGGAUUGAAAAUCACCUUAAUGAAGUAGGCAAACUUUUUUUUAUUAGUAGAGGAAGUCCAGAAAACUUAAUGAAGUGGUUUUUUUUUUGUUGCCUGACACUGAAAGUAACUAGUAAAUAAAGGGUGAACUUCUUAAUUAUUUGAAAACAGCUUUUAAUAUUAGGAUAUACUCUUUUAGCCCAUCUUUGGUAGUCUUGAGCCUUAUUAUAAUUGUCAAAUCAAUGUUUCUAACAGAGAAGUAGAAGAAAUAUCUCUUGAGAUGGAAGUAGCUUGGUCUGUCCUCUAAAGUAAUACCUACCUGUUAAACUUGAGGUAUUUUUUUUCACACUGAAGGCAUACUAAAGUUUGAAUAAUACACGAAACAGUAGUUUACAGAGCAGAGGCACUUAGUAUUAGAAUAAGCCUGUAGGUGUGAAGGAAUAAGUGUUGCAAAAUAGUUAUUUAUCCAAGCUAUCAAUUAAUUGAUUGAAGUAGUUAUCAAAAUGUUUCUGUUUCUCUCUUUCUUUGGUAUCUAUUAACUGGUCAGUCAAAAGCUAUUAAAGAAAAUUUUUAAAGUCACAUAAUGCUGCCAGUUUGUUAAAUUUGUUAUACAUUUUAAGAACAGAUAUUCUAGAGUUAUUAAUAUGGAAGCAGCUAAAAUGUUUUAGGAAAUCUCAAAAGUUUUGGAAGCCACGUUUGCUAAAGCAUAACCUGCACUUAGUCUUUCUUGGCUCUCUGUAUUUUUUUAUCAUUAUAAAUAAAUUUUUGUAAGUAUAGUACUUAAAAGUAAGUUUAAAGGAUCAAUUUGAACUGAAAUUUCCCCCAGAGAGCUUUGAAUUCCCAUAAAUGAUUACAGCUUUUUACUACUGACUUGUUUUUAGUAAAUGUUAAUAAGACAAUUGGUUUACAAAUACAUAUAAAUUAAAAAA